AUCGUCUUUGUAGGUCUUCUGAGAUGCCCGUCAUGGUAGACGACAUCAUGAAGCUCCUGUGCUCCAUUUCCCAGGAGAGGAAGAUGAAGGCGGCCGUCAAGCACUCUGGAAGGGGAGCCGUGGUAGUGGGGGCCAUGGCCUUCGUUGGUGGCUUGGUCGGUGGCCCACCGGGAUUAGCUGUCGGGGGGACUGUCGGAGGCCUGUUAGGUGCCUGGAUGACGAGUGGACAGUUCAAGGCGGUUCCUCAAAUCUUAAUGGAAUUGCCCCCUGCUGAACAGCAGAAACUCAUUAAAGAAGCCACCGCCAUCAUCAGCAACUUGGACUGGACAGACGCUGUGCAGCUGACCGCUCUGGUCAUGAGCAACCAGGCCAUGCAGCAGAAGCUCUUAGCCAUGCUAACAACCUACAUCACCAAGGAGCUGCAGGCUGAGAUCCGCUAUGACGACUAGGCUACUCCUCCUGGGGAAC